GCCUCGCGCAGGCUCAACCACGCCAAAGAUGGGUAUCAACAAUCCUCUGCCGGCCUCCAUGGCAUCCGAGUGCAAGAAGUGCGCAAAGAUCCUCUCGUCCUUCAUCAACCCCCGACAAGCGUUCGGCCCCGACAAGGUCAUCCCGCCCUCGAUCCUGUCCAACGCAAAGGGCCUCGCCAUCAUCACCGUCUUCAAGGCCGGCUUCCUCGGAUCCGGCCGCUUCGGCAGCGGCCUCGUCGUCGCCCGGCUGCCCGACGGCACCUGGAGCGCUCCCAGCGCGAUUGGCACCCUCGGCGGCGGCUUUGGCGGCCAGAUUGGCUUCGAGCUGACCGACUUCGUCUUCAUCCUCAACGACACCUCGGCCGUCAAGACGUUUGCGCAGGCUGGCUCCAUUACGCUUGGAGGCAACGUGUCGCUGGCCGCGGGGCCCGUGGGUCGCAAUGCCGAGGCCGCCGGCGCAGCCUCGCUCAAGAGCCUGUCGGGCAUCUUCAGCUACUCCAAGACAAAGGGCCUGUUCGCCGGCGUCUCCCUCGAGGGCUCCGCCAUCAUUGAGCGCCGAGAUGCCAACGAGAAGCUGUACGGCACGCGCUACACGGCGCAGCAGCUGCUGACGGGAACCGUGCCGCCGCCGCCGCAGGCCGCGCCCCUCAUGAACAUCCUCAACUCGAGGGUCUUUAGUGGCAUGAGGCUCGGCUCCUCCGACGACACCAUGUACAACGACAUGCCCAUCUACGACGACAACCACGACGACGUUGUCUGGGAGGGUCGGCAAGGGUCUGCGUAUGGCGAAGGCCAGCCCAACCCCCGCUCCAGAUCAAACACCUGGCAAGACGAUGUGUACGACAGACAAGAAUUCAACGCCCCGACACGCUCAAACACGUUUGCGGCCAGGGGGUUCGACAGCGACUAUCGGUUCCAGGACAAGCCCAUUGAGAAAAAGGUCGGGCCUGGCCGCCCCACGGCGCCAAAGCCAGUGUUUGGGGCCAAGCAGGCGACGCUCAAGUCAAACGAGGCAGUGGCCUUGUUCAACUUUGAGGCGGACCAGCCCGGCGAUCUAGGCUUCAAAAAGGGCGAUAUUAUUACGGUGCUGAAAAAGACGGACAGCGACAACGACUGGUGGACUGGCCAAAUCGGACAGCGACAUGGCAUUUUCCCGAGCAACUACGUCAAGAUGAGGGAGUGAUGGAAGGGCUGGAUACCUUUUGAUACCACCGAGGCUACUGCUUUCUGCUUUCGUUUCUUCUUCUCUCCGUCUUCUUUUUUUUUCUUUUUGGAAAAGGCUCCAAUCGGAAGGAUACCAACUUGUUUGAACACGUUCCAUCUCUUUGGGUUGAGUUUGACUGUUUCCCUUCCGCGUUUCGGUUGUCUAGGCUAGCCGUUAUUGUGUUUCUUGAUAGGUAGCCUUGCUUUUUUGGGUCGUAUAGC